AUGGUAGUCGACGAACAAAUACCUGAGGAUGAACUUUCCGGCGAAUUAGCCGGCGAUCUUGAACUCGCGCGAGGUAAACGCCUGAAAAUCCCUCCUCAUCGACUCACUGAGUUGCCCGAUUUAGCACUCGCUCACAUUCUCUCUCACCUCUACGUCAAAGAAGCAGCGAAAACCAUCGAGUUGUCCAAACAAUUCAACUCAGUCUGGAAUUCGGUCUCCACACUCACCUUCUCCGACGAAAACUAUCGCAAAUUUGGCAACUCCUUCAUCGAACUUGUCGACUCUAUGUUAGGGUUUCACAAUGGCAAAAAAAUCGAUCCAAAAUAUACGAAUUUCGUUGAUGAAUGGAUUGAAUUCGCUAUUCAAAAGCAGGUCAAAUCUUUGUGUUUGGAUUUUACUCAGAAAUCUAGUAGUAAUUAUCAUCAGAUUGCAUGUGUUGAGUAUAAUUUGCGUGAAUUUCUGUACGAUGAUGCGAAUUUGGUGGAAUUGUUACUGAGUAUAACGAAAAUUGAAUUGGAUGAGGAGAUGAUUUUUAGGGUUUUGUGUGGGUGUCUUGUGUUGGAGAUCGACGUUGUAGGCUUGGAGCUUAUAGAAUGGAGUGGGUUUGAUAAGCUAAAGAUUGAGUUAGUUAGUUUGAGGGUGUUGAGGAUUGUUUUGGGAUGCAUCAGUAGAAGAGCAGAGGAGUAA